CUGUGUGCGCAUCUGAUUAAGUCAGCAAGUCUUGUCCAGUCUAGUGAGAAGGAAAUCCUGUGCUUUCAUUUCUAGUCCACACCUCAAGAGACUCCAGUGUCAUCACCAGCCUUUGGACCAUGGAUGGUUAUUAUUCUGGCCUGGUUUUGGCGGUGGGCGUGGCCUUGCUGCUGUCCUGUGUCCGGUGUGAUGUGAACUGCAAAGGGGCCGAGGGCCACUUAGGCCUGCCCGGAGGCCCCGGGAGAGACGGGUGGCCCGGAGAAAAGGGACAGAAAGGAGAGCCUGCCCAAAAGCCCGACGGUCCGGUGGACCAGAGACAGCUGCUGAAGCUGAAGGGGGAAAUGGGGAGCCAAGGGGCCCAGGGGCCCACCGGGCCCAAAGGGUACCACGGGACGGUGGGAGUGGCGGGUUUGACCGGAGCUCCGGCCGGGGCGGCCUCCGGCUCUCAGACACUGGCAGCCUUCUCCGCCAUCCGGACCGACAGCAACUACCCUCACUUUGCCCAGAAAGUGAAGUACCAGGAGACCGUGGUCAGCAAUCCAAACUUCGACCAGGCCACAGGUGAAUUUACCUGCAGCACACCUGGCUAUUACUACUUCACCUUCCACUCCGUUGCCAAGGUCAGCAUGUGCCUGGCCAUAGGCAGCGAGGCCCUGAGGAGACCGCUGCUGGCCGCGGGGGAGAAGGUGUGGCUGGAGUCUGUGAACGCGGGUCAGGUGGGCCAGGACUCAUCGGACACCCGGGAGAAGAGGGUCAUCUUCAACGGGUUCCUGCUCUUCUCAAACCCAGAG